UGGGAGCGGACGGAGACGCUCUUGGACCGCGUAGACAAAUUGAAAUAAAGACUUCCGGUGCAAGAGGCUGCAAGCGGAGAUGUGUGGAAUAAUAACCGAUCUGCAGAAUAAAGGGGCUGAGAGUGUCAACCAGCUGGGAGGAAUGUUUCUCAAUGGAAGACCUCUUCCAGAAUCCAAGCGACGGAAAAUAAUCGAACUGGCCUCGGAGGGAGUUCGUCCAAGUCAGAUCUCCCGGAUACUUCGGGUGUCCAACGGGUGCGUGAGUAAGAUCCUGAGCCGCUACAGGCGCACAGGAUUGGCUGAACCGAAGACCAUUGGAGGAAGCCGCCCUCGGCUUCUGACGCCGGCGGUCAUCUCCGCAAUCAUUCAAUGUAAAAGGGAAAAUCCAACAAUUUUUGCUUGGGAAAUUCGAAAACGACUCACAGCGGUACGAAUAUGCAAAGCAACCAAAAUCCCAAGUGUGUCGUCCAUAAACAGGAUUUUAAGAAAGACCCACUUGGAACAUGGACCAAUGUGUAUGGAGAUCAAUGCUCACAUCAGUGCUGACCAGGGUUUUUACUCUCUGCUUGAAGAAGUGAGCAACCAGGAGAGGUGCUCUGAACAGAAAUCUAAAGGUGCCCUGCACAGAAACCGCACCAACUUCACCCCAGAGCAGAGCAAAGCACUGGAGCAAGAAUUCUCACAAAGUCAGUAUGCUGAUCUGUACACAAGAGAGAGGCUGUCUGCUGAAAUUAAACUUCCUGAGGACACCAUCAAGGUGUGGUUUUCAAAUAGACGGGCUAAGUGGAGGAGGGAGACCAAGCAGAGCAGCACCACACAGGACUUUCAAAAGGAAAUGGAUUUGGUUCCGCUGAAUCCCACAAUGCCACACAGAAUCACAUCUCAACAGGCAAUGGGGAUUUCAAGAAUCAGGGCAGAGAGCUCAUAUUUGCACAACACGUUUACCACAAUGCAAAAUGCAAAAUGGCAAAAUGGCUCCUCCUUGCAAACAGAAACAGUCCACCAUCACCUGAGUGAUACAAUUCCUCAGAACAUGGAUAAGACUCCACUGGAUCUCCACAGAGACACUUUCACCUUCCCACUGGUACACCACCACACAGACAGAAAGACAAGGACAACACACGACCAGGCUCCUCACCAGUGGAACCAGCAAGGAACGCCUCUCAUUUGGACCCAGUUACAGAUGAACAAGAGGUUUCUCUUUACCCAGGAUGGGAUUCCACAGUGCUGCGUGGACUGGAACUGGAACCACGUUUCUAACAUUGGUGACCAAGUUUGAUAUGGAGGCAUUGAAAUGCAUUUCUUGCUUGCAAAUUCAAGACUGCAGAUACAAUUUGUUGCCAGUAGAGGGAGACAAAAAACCAAAUAAAUAAAAAAACACUCAAAACUUUUACUGACUUUGUGCACUCAAAGUAAUAUUAAUAAGGAAUAACAAUAAUUAAUAUUUUGAGUUUAUAUAUAUAUAUUUACACAAAUCAGCAUCAUCAUUGGAUAUUGGUGGUGAGAACCAGAAUAACUGCUAAAACAUUGCUAGUCAAAUUGAGUUAAAGCAUCUGUAUUGACUUAAACAUGCAACAUCGUUAUCCACUUAAUAUAUUUGAUAAAUUUGGCCAUUCAUACACUCUUUAACGAUAUCACUUGUUUUAUGGGUUUCUGCUAAAACACUUUUAUUUUUAUUGUAAACUAUUAUAAGUAAUCUACCCUCAAGAAAAGAAAACCCAUUUUGUGGAUUCAUUAGAGGAAACAACAGCCAAGAUUAAGCUUGACUAAUUGUGUAUGCUGGUAAAACAUGUGAGCCGUUACACCUGAAGGAAAUGUCUAAGUUAACCGGAGUCCAGAGGAAAUCUCCUGCUUGUCUGUGUAUUGUCUUCUUGUUCCUGUUUUUUAGGACACAAGCAGAUGGGGGUCACAGGACUUGAGACUGCAUCUGACCCAACUCCAGCAAUCUUAGCAUUAGUUAGCAAAACUGUGUAUAGUAAGGAGGAGCUGUAAUAUAUAAGGGUCCAGAGAUAGAGCGUGAAUGUCCUGUCUGUAGCGGCCAGCAGGACAUUUCUUAUGUCUGUUUACCAGGGAUAGAUAUGGACCCGGGUCUCUGUAAUUUGCACAUUCUCAUACUCUGUAAAUUAAUA